AGUGUUUGGCAGGUUAAAGACGAAGUUGACCCGCUGCCACACACGCAGAAUGUCAUUAUUCGUCUCUGUGGUUCUGUGAUGUGCAAGCUGCAAUGUGUAUGUGCGUGUCUCUUGUAAUGGGGGAGGAAGACGAAGAGCUGCAGAGCUGGGGCUGGACUGACCUUUCCUGCUACUCGUCAUCGCCGUCGGACUCCGAGCAGGAGCAGCGGACCCCCUCCUCCCUCAUGUCCAGGCGCAGCCUGCGGCUCGACGAUGGCCUGCUGGACCGCCGCCCUCCGCCUCGCGGCAGCGCCUCCCUCGUCGUGGGAGGAGCCAGCUGGAGGAGCGACAGGCCCCGUCGCUCCCAGCGGAACUCGGCCUCCUGCUCAGAGUCGCUCCUCGUCGACUCUCCUCAGAAUGCCGUCGGCCAGUUCCUCCACAACAGCAGCGUCAACAGCGUGGCGUCGGACGCCUCCCUGAUCUCCUCCCUGCUGGACGAGUCCUCCAUCCAGGAGAGCACGCUGGUCGAAACCUUCUGGGGUUUGGACCAGGAUGCAGAUCUUAACGAAAGCACCAUCAUAGCCAGUGAGAGCAGCACUCUGAUUGGUUCAGACAGUGUUUAUGCCAAACACUCUGACCAGGCGCUCAGCAGGCUUUGCUGUAAAGACUGCAACUGUCCGAGCGCGCCAAAAUCUGACAAGGAAACCAAGACGGAAACCUCCACCAUCUACUACAGAGGUCGCAAGAGCAGGGCAGGCUGCAUGUUCAGAUGGAUCAACGGACAAUGGAGUCACAUGAGCUCGUCCUCCCGCUUAAGCAAACUCUUCAUCGUACUUCUGCUCCUCCUCCUCUUCAGUGUGUCGUGGUACUGUCCAGCUAGUAUCUACUCGCUCCUUUUGGGGAUCAACAUUGCAGACAUUCCAGGUCUGUCCUCAGUCCACAGCUUCUUACCUCUUCAGAGCCAGUCAGCAGAGGGCGCUCCAGAGGAGUUGGUCCAAAGUCACCCUCCGUCAGCUGAAAUGCUGCCACAGGAGGCUCCAGCUCCGUCUCCAGCUCCACCAGCAGGGAUGGAUUCUGAGCAGCAUGUUCAGAUGGAGCAGAGUCUGAGGGCGCUGUGGGAGGAGAUGGAGGCUGCAGGGCGACGGGCGGAGGAGAGUCACAAGGAGCUGCUUCAGCUCUACACCGACCUCCGUCAGCAGGCGUCCGGGCCCCAGCGCAGCGAGUACGACAUGGAGCUGUGGAUGAGGGGGCUGAUGGAGCAGCAGCUGUCUCUGCUACGAAGACAACUCAACGUAGAGAGACGGCUGAGGGAGCAGAUGCGACAGCAGGAUCUGUUGCUGCUGAAGACCCAGGCAUCCCGUUUGGAUCAGCUGCAGCUGCAGCUGGAGCAGGUCACAGCCAGGAGUUGGGAGCUGCAAGGAAGAAAUGAAGCUGACGCAGCGCCCCCUGCUGCUCUCCCAGACACUUCCAGCUCCGGCGUGGACAAACCGUCCCAGGAUGCUUUGCAGGCAGAUGUUUCGCGGUUGGAGGCGGCUCUAGUGGACGUGAAGCGGGACGUGGACGGUCUGUCUGGGUGUCAGGACGGCUGCCAGAAGCUGGACAGAAUCCAGCAGACGAUCUCAGAGCAGGUAUCGGGUCUGAUCCGGGAGGAGGUUCGAGCCCUGGUCUACGGAAACCAGCUGACCCAGGGCGGGGUCUCCGUCCUGCCGGAGUCCCUCCUGCAGUGGCUGUCGCAGCGGUUUGUGGGCGAGGCCGACCUGAAGGAGGCGCUGUCCUCUCUGGAGUCUAGCAUCUUGCAGAAACUCAGCCGGUGGCAGCGACGGCACAAUAAAGAGGAGACGGUCAAAGAGGAUGUACUGGAUGUUCCUGGGAACGCUGUAACCAAGGAGGAAGUCCAUGUGAUGGUGAUGGAGGCUCUGAAGCUGUUUUCUCAGGAUCGAACCGGCCUGGCCGACUACGCUCUGGAGUCCGGAGGGGGCAGCAUCCUCAGCACUCGCUGCUCAGAGACCUAUGAGACGAAGGCCGCCCUGCUGAGCUUAUUCGGAUUUCCUCUCUGGUAUUUCUCCCAGUCUCCUCGAACCGUGAUCCAGCCUGAUGUCCAUCCUGGGAACUGCUGGGCCUUCAGAGGAUCUACAGGCUUCCUCGUGAUCCAGCUGUCCAUGAAAAUCCUUCCCACGGCCGUCACCAUGGAGCACGUCCCCAAAUCCCUGGCCCCUAGCGGGACGCUGCGCAGUGCUCCACGAGACUUCAGCGUUUAUGGUCUAAAAGACGAGGACCAGGACAGAGGGAAACUGCUGGGAAAUUACACGUACGACGAAGACGGAGAGGAUCUGCAGAUGUUCAUCAUCUCAGCGGAGAACGACGAAGCCUUCCAGAUCAUCGAGGUGCAGGUUCUGUCUAACUGGGGCCACCCAGAGUACACGUGCAUGUACCGCUUCAGAGUGCACGGGUUGCCGAGCGACAUCUGAGUCGACGAGGCGGAGAAGCUCUGCUCGCUUUUUAACCGUCUGCGCAGUGGUUGGUUCUUACGUUUCCCAUGGAAACGCUCUCUGUCCCGGUGAUCCAAUGAAUCUGUUCAUAGUUUCUCUAUCCAGGUUCUGCUUCCAGGUCGUCGCUGCUGGUUGUCACAUGUUUUAUGCAUUUAUCAGGUGUGAUGUCAUUCAGCUGUUGCGUCAGCGUGAAACCUUCUCUCUGCGUCGCGGUGCGGAUAAACGGUCUGAAGAGGAGGGAAGGUUUUAAAGCAGAAACUGAAACAACAUCCCGCUUCAGCAGACAAUGCAAUAUAAAAAAUAGUUUUACGUUUUCAAACUGUAAAAAUGUGAAACCUGAACACUUGAAGGGAAAGAAAAAGUAAAAAACUAUUUCCAACUAUUUGUCUCCAGUUUGAAAGCUUAUUCCUCAUUUGCACUGGAACUUUUUUAUGUAUACAUUUGAUAUAUGUAAAUAAUUUUGUACAAGACUUUAAACUGAAUUGUUGAAUAAUAAAGAUCUGACAUUUUAAAAGCUUUCUCUUGUUGCAUUAAUGUAAUGAAGUGUCAAGCAGACGGCAGGAUGCAAGCAGAUCAGACAUCACAGUAGUUUAUUAAAGUGAGUUCUAUGUAAAUAUAAAAAAUGUACUUUGAGUGAAAUUAAUUUGUAAAAUGAUGGCGUGAUGACUUCCUUAAGGUAGAGUGUCAGAAUAAGAGUUUUUAAAGAGACAGAGGCCAAAUUUCAAGGUGUUCAGUUAUGAAGUCAAAUUUCUUUUAAGUCAUAUUUGAUAGGUAUAGCA